AUGCCGAUCGUGUACUCAUUUGCUGACGGAGAUGCGCUGUCUGGUGGUUUGAAUAGUUUCGUUGAGAAAGUAUCGCGUGAUGCUAUUGCUAAUCAUGGUUAUCUCUCGGUCGCGAUCUCUGGUGGUUCAUUACCCAAGAUCUUGUCCAAAGACCUAAAGACCAACAAAAAUGUCGAAUUUGACAAAUGGCAUGUCUUUUGGGCAGACGAACGUUGCGUGCCUCACGAUCACGAGGACUCCAACUAUCUCGAGGUGCGCAAGUCGCUCUUGGACCAUAUCCCUCAACUCCAGCAAGCCAACAUUCAUCCUAUUCAUGAAGCCUUCGCCACCGCCAAGGACACAGAAAAGGCGGCGGCAGACUAUGAGCAGCAAUUGAAAUCUUUUUUCAAAACGAACGAAUGGCCAGCCUUUGACCUUAUCCUGCUCGGUAUGGGCCCGGAUGGUCAUUGUUGUUCUUUGUUUCCCGGUCAUCCUUUGUUGGAUGAAAAGACCCGUUGGGUAGCUCCCAUCAAUGACUCUCCCAAGCCUCCACCAGAACGUAUCACAUUGACGUUCCCUGUCCUCAAUCAUGCUCGUUUAGUCGUCUUUGUCACUGCCGGCGACGGCAAGAAGGACAUGGUACAGCAAAUCAUUGAACAGCCCGAAAAGAACCUACCUUGUCAAAGAGUAAAGCCUUCAGAGGGUCAUGUCUAUUGGUUUAUCGACGAUGCAGCUGCUUCAAAAUUGAGAAAGGAGUCUUGCUCAGAAUACAAAUGA